AUGCUGAAGCCAUUCUUCACCGGGCACGACGAGCUCAUCCACGACGUCAAGUAUGACUUCUACGGCAAGCAGCUUGCCACGGCGCUGAGCGACCAGCACAUCAAGGUGUUCGACUUCGACCGCUCGAGCCAGCUGUGGAUCCUCAACGACCUGUGGAAGGCGCACGACGCCCCCGUCGUCAAGGUGCUGUGGGCCCACCCGGAGUUUGUCCUGCUGAACUUGAUUGCCAGCGGCUCCUACGACCGCACGGUCAAGAUCUGGCAGGAGCAGUGUGACGAGCUCCACGGGCUGGGCCGCCGGUGGUUGCGCCUCGCAACUCUCGCCAUUGAGAGCCACGGCCCCAUCUACGACGUGGUGUUUGCCCCCGCCCACCUCGGUCUUAAGCUUGGGUGUGUUGGUUCCGACGGUAUCUUUCGGAUCUACGAACUGAUGGACCCGCUGGACUUAGCGGCGUGGGCCCUCACUACGGAGAUCCCUGUGCUCCGGCAAAACCUCCCGGCCAAGACGCUCCAGCUGACGUUUUCCAUCGAAUGGUGUCCGGCUAAGUUUACCCCGACGGAGAAGUUCAUCGUGGUGGCGUUGGACCAGGCAUUUAUCUUUGGCGGGCCCAUGGGUGACGACAACGACGACAGCGGUGCCAUGGCCGGCGCCGACGCGGUGCCGGCGGGGGAGUCGCUGGCCACCACCCGCUACCGCCGCAUUGGCGAGCUCCCCGAACACAACGGGCUCAUCCGGCUGGUACUGUGGGCGCCGCUGAUGGGACGGCUGUACCACCUCAUCGCGCUGGCGUGUAAGGACGGAUUUGUGCGGAUAUUCAAGGCCGAAGACCUUCCGCAAGGGGACAUCAAGGUGGAGCUUUUGGCAAAGUUGGGCGACCACAAGAGCGAGGUGUGGCGGGUCCACUGGAACAAUACCGGCACCAUUUUGCUGAGCGCGGGUGACGAUGGCAAAGUGCGGUUGUGGAAGUGCAACUACUUGAGCGAGUGGAAGUGUAUGCUGGUGAUCAAUCUGAGCAACCGUCUGGAGAACCGUAUAGUCGAGGCGUCGGAUGAACGGAUGGCGUGA